UCCCCACUCUGAUUUACCCCCAAGAUGGUGGAUAUGUUUUCUUUAAGAUCUUAUAAAAGCUUUAACGGCACUCAAAGUUAUCAUUUUAUGAAGAAAGUCAGUUGGGUGAAGUGAACAAUAUAGUGAAUAAAAAUGGAAAAACUACGUACCUCAGCAAAUAAAGUAAGUUUUAUAUUGAUUUUAAUUAUUUUAAAAAAAAUAUCUAUCAGAAAAUAUAAUAUAUUUAUCAUUUUUUACUUGAGUUUAAUAUUUUUUUAUAUUUCUUACAGAUAAAGAGACACUUUCGUUCUCAUCUUUCGCUGAAGAAYCCUCCACAACCACAAGAAAAUAUCGUUAUUGAUCUCUUAACACCUGCCCCCGAAAAGACRCCAGCGGGUCAAAAAGAAUUUGAAGAGAUGCUAUUGGGGGUAGGUGAAGAUUUCACCAUUUUGGGUGAGUGGGAAGAAAUAUUGGCAAAUGUUGAGGAACAACCGAAAAUUAUAGUGCAUCAGGAUAAGGUUAUCAAACCAGCUCCUGCUCCUGCUCUUGCUCCUGCGCCUGCUCCUGCUCCUGCUCCUGGGCAAUCGACUAAGGGCCUAGGAGCAGGAAGAAAAAACCUCAACCUCAUUAGGGUUGAGGUGGAUGAGGAGGAGGAGACUGAAGAAGAACAACCCACUCAACCCGAAAUGGAGUUUAUGCAAUUGGUUGAGGAGGAAGACUUUCGGGUGGAGCUUCGGGGAAUUAAAAGAAAGUUAGAAGAAAAAGUCGAACGACUUAAACAUCACCGAAGCUUCGCCCAAAAAAUUCUGCAAAAUUUGAAUACAGAGGAAGAGGAGGUGAUGGCUCGGAUGAACCGAGAAUUGUCUCAAAUUAAAAAGAGGCGUCAAGCCAUCAACUCUAUCAUCGAGAAACAGGUGGAAGAGGAACGAAUCGGUGAAACCUUGAUAAAUAACAUUAAUUUUUAA